AUGGAGCUGCAGCUGCAGGCGGAGCGGGAGGAGGAGGUGGCCCGGCAGGCGGUUCUGGAGCAGGAGAGGAGGGACCGGGAGCUGGCCCUGAGGAUCGCCCAGAGCGAGGCCGAGCUCAUCCCCGAGGAGGCGCAGAUGGACCUGGGCCUGCGCAGUAACGGCGCCUCCAUCCCAUCGUCCCCAGAGAGAGCAGCAGGUCCGCAGGUCCAGGCCUCCAAGGCUGCCGCCAACGCCAAGAAGUUUGAGCUGAGCAAGUGGAAGUACGCCGAGCUGCGGGACGCCAUCAACACAUCCUGCGACAUCGAGCUGCUGGCCGCCUGCAGGGAGGAGUUCCACCGCCGGCUGAAGGUCUACCACGCCUGGAAGUCUAAGAACAAGAAGAGGAACGCUGAGACGGAGCAGCGAGCGCCCAAAUCUGUCACGGACUACGCCCAGCAGAACCCGGCUCCGCCCGUUCCGGCCCGGCAGUACGAGGUGGCCAUGAACCGGCAGCAGCGCUACUUCCGCAUCCCGUUCAUUCGACCGGGGGACCAGUACAAGGACCCCCACAACAACAAGAAGGGCUGGUGGUACGCGCACUUCGACGGGCCCUGGAUCGCCCGGCAGAUGGAGCUGCACCCGGAUAAACAACCCAUCCUGCUGGUGGCGGGGAAGGACGACAUGGAGAUGUGCGAGCUGAGCCUGGACGAGACGGGUCUUUCCCGGAAGCGGGGCGCCGAGAUCCUUCCCCGGCAGUUCGAGGAGUUCUGGGAGCGCUGCGGGGGGGUCCAGUACCUGCGCAGCGCCAUCGAGAGCCGGCAGGCGCGGCCCACCUACGCCACGGCCGUGCUGCAGAGCAGCAUGCUGAAGUAGGGGCGGGGGGGCGCUGCAGGCCAAAGGGACGACUGCGGCAGCGACCCGACCCAGACGGUGUCUCAGCCCCGGUUGUGACCGCGGGACGCUCGGCGUGCACGGCGUGCACGGCGCUUCCUCUCACUGUCUGUUCUUGUUUUUGUUUGUGGGGGAGGUUUGCAUUAAACCCUAUGCAGGAAAGAAAUAAAUCACAGCAAAUGAUCUCGUCCGGUUGUUUUCCGGUAAUUUCUGUUUGUCUAACUGAGGCCUUAAACCCCCCCGACCAUGUCUCUGAAAUGAUGCAUUCCUGACGAU